AUGGAAAUUAAAUUUAUUUUAAUUUUUUCAUUGUUAAUUUUUGGAUUGACGGUAUCAAUUCAAAUUCAAGAACAAACCACUCAUAUCAAUGUGAACUCGAGAGAUUCACUUGAUAAAUCAGACCAAGAGGUUUUGGAUACUGACUCUUACAAAUCAAUGGUAGAAUACCUCAAUAAAUUACCAAUUGAAGAGAUUGCCGAUUUCUGUGAAGGUUUGGCCAAGUCCAUGUUCUCGCCAUUCAAGUGUACCACCAAAGAAGAGAAAAACGAAUUGAAAUUGUUGACAAAACAGUUGAUCGAGGAGGAUGAGUCAAUGGGAUUGAAGAGCCACCCCAAGAAACCAAUGGUUUUAGUACCUGGAAUUGCAGGAAGUGGAUUGGAGGGUCGUUUCAAUAAAACAAGAUCACCCGCUUGGUAUUGCAAGAAGAAUGUAGAUUGGCAUCGUGUUUGGCUCUCGGUCGCCCAAAUUGCCGUCCAAGAAUGUUGGUUCGAUAAUCUUGCUGUCUUCUAUGAUACCAAUACCCAAACUUAUUCCAACACAGAGGGUGUCGAACUACAAACCAUUGAAUUCGGAGGAAUCAAAGGUGUAAGCUAUCUGGACUAUAUUGGAAACCUUCCAAUAUCAUUGACCAAUGUCUAUGGUGAUCUUAUUAAAUUCUUUGAAGAUCUUGGAUAUGUUGCUGGAAAGAAUAUUAGAGGUGCGCCAUAUGAUUGGAGAGUUUCAAUUAAACAACUUGAAAAAGAUGGAUAUUUCAGACAAAUGAAAUCUUUAAUUGAAAAUACCUAUGAUAUCAAUUCAAAGCAAAAAGUUGUUUUGAUCUCUCAUUCAAUGGGUGGAAUGAUCUCUUUGUAUUUCUUAAAUACAGUGUCCCAAGCCUGGAGAGAUAAAUACAUUGACACUUUCAUCCCUAUUGCAGCACCAUGGUCAGGAUCACCAAAGGCAAUUCGUACUCUUAUCUCUGGUGACAACUUGGGUAUACCAUUGGUAUCAGGUGAUAGAGUACAAAACUUUGCCAAAGAAUCCGGUGGAAUUAUCCAACUAGUGCCAGAUCCUCUUGUUUGGAGUAAAGAAACCGUUUUUGUAUCAACACCAUACAAGAACUUCACCAUCGCCCAAACCAGUUCAUUGUUUUCAACCAUUGGAUUACCAAUAACAUCAAAGAUUUAUGAUGGAAUUCAAUCGGUAAUCAGUGGAUUGAAACCACACGUACCAACUCAUUGUAUUUAUGGUUAUGGUGUUCCAACUGAAAUCUAUUAUAAAUAUAACAAAGGAUUUGGUGAUCAACCAAUUAUUUUUGAAACUGAUUUAGGAGAUGGUACUGUCCCAUUAUCAUCGUUGAAAGUCUGUGAGAAAUGGCAUGGUCAUUCCUUCCCAUUGGAUGUAAAGAACUUCCACUUGGAAGAUCAUUUGGGUAUUCUCUCCUCCAAAGAUGUUUUAAAGUAUAUCCACAAACUUAUUAUGAAAGGUAGUGAACUGUAUUUGGCAGUGGAUGAAAUGACGAGUGGCAGUAAACUUCAACAACAAGAUAAUAUUGCAUACUCACCGCUUGCUAAUGUAUCAUCACUCAGCGGCAUUAACAAUAGCAAUGGUAAUGGUAACGGUGGUAAGGUAAGCAAUCAUGGUAACAAUGGUUUUGGUUCAAUGUCACAAUUCCCAAAUAGAAAGUUACUCCAAUCGUCUAUCAAGAUCAUGGGUAUGCUAGGACUUGUAAACUUGGCAUUCUCUCUCUACCUUGCAUUUGGAAACAUCGAGAGUGGAACCUGUGAUGUAUCCGCUACCAUUUCAUGUACCACCGUCAUCAAGAGUGCAUUCGGUGAGAUUGCCGGUGUGCCAGUAUCCAUCUUUGGUAUCACAUGGAACAUCGUAUUCCUCAUGGCAAUCUAUCACAUAAUGUCCGACGAUAGACUGCCACAUUUCAUCACUGCCAUCUAUAUUUGGUGUUCAUUCGGUGUUGGUUUUGUAAUUUACUUUGUUGCAGCAGAAUAUAUAAUUGGUGCACUAUGUCCUUUUUGUACUGUUGUUCAUAUAAUUAAUGUUACAUUGAUGUAUUUCGCAUUGAAACUCUAUAAUGAGUUAAGAGUUCCACCAAGUCUUGGCAGCCUGCUAUCGACUCUCAAGAAUCAAUUGAUUUUCAUAUUCGUUUUGCAUUUGGUUGCAACAGUCGCUUUCCAAAAGACGGUAGAGGUUCACGACGAACCGGCAAUGACCAAGUUUGCAAAGUGCUUGACCGAUAGUAACAUGGUUUUCUAUGGAUCAUCAGGUUGUGGUGCCUGUAUCAAUCAGAAGCAGUUGUUCAUCACUCCCGACAGCAAAGACGAAACGGAAUCACCGCUGCAGUAUAUUAAAUUCGUAGAGUGUCGUGACGACUCACUCUGCAAGAAAUAUGAAAUCAGACGUUACCCUACUUGGAUCAAGCACGACGAUAACGGCGUAGAAUUGGAGCGACACGAAGGUGUUAUGAACUCUUUCGAACUUUCAAAGAUGUCUGGAUGUGAACCUCCCGCCGAAAAGAAAGAUGAUAAAGAUAAAAAAUAA